AUGCCUUUUUCUAUUUUUAAGAGAUUGGGAUUAGGAGAGGCUAAACCCACAACAGUAUCCUUACAACUAGCUGAUAGGUCAAUUAAGUAUCCAUAUGGAGUCAUUGAGGAUGUUUUGGUUAAAGUUGAAAAACUGAUUUUGCCUGCUGAUUUUCUUGUUCUAGAUAUGGAAGAAGACAAGGAUAUUCCCAUUAUCCUUGGAAGACCCUUCUUAGCUACAGGCAGAACUUUGAUUGAUGUUCAAAAAAGAGAACUUACCAUGAGAGUUCAAGACCAAGAAGUCACAUUUAAUGUCUUUAAAGCUAUGAAAUUUCCUAAUGGUGCUGAUGAUUGUUUCAGGUUGGAUGCAUUGGACACUUUGAUGUUUGCUUCCCCCAGUCCUAAAGAAGAUGAUCUGCUUCAAGCUACCUUGACAAAUUUGGAGGCUUUUGAUGAUGAAGUCGAGGAGUGCUACAGGUUACUUGAUGCUACACCAAAAAUUCUGGCCAAGAAGACAAAAAUUGAUCCUUUACCAUGUAAAAGUUCAGAAUUUUCUAAUUCCUCCCAUAAGCAAUGUAAGGAUGUAAGUGAAGCCAUUCCUACUUUUGAAUUGAAACCUUUGCCUUCUCAUCUCAGGUAUGUCUUUCUAGGUAAAUCUUCUACUUUUCCUGUGAUUAUAUCUGCUGAUUUGAAUGAGGAACAAGUAGAGAAAUUGCUUAGGAUCCUUAGAGAGCAUAGGAAGGCUAUAGGGUGGACGUUAUCUGAUAUUAAAGGAAUUAGCCCUUCAAUUUGCAUGCAUAAGAUUAAUUUGGAGGAAAAUAGUAAACCAACUGUUGAUGCACAAAGACGAUUAAACCCUAUCAUGAAAGAAGUGGUAAAGAAAGAGAUAAUUAAAUGGUUGGACAAUGGCAUAAUUUACCCCAUUUCUGAUAGUUCAUGGGUUAGUCCUGUUCAAUGUGUUCCUAAGAAAGGUGGGAUGACUGUAGUGCAAAAUGAGAACAAUGAAUUAAUUUCCACCAGGACUGUAACCGGUUGGAGGAUUUGCAUGGGUUAUAGGAAACUUAAUAAGGCCACAAGGAAAGAUCACUUUCCUCUACCUUUCAUUGAUCAAAUGUUGGAUAAAUUAGCUGGUCAUGAGUUUUAUUGCUUCCUAGAUGGUUAUUCUGGCUAUAAUCAAAUUGCUAUUGCCCCUAAGGACCAAGAAAAGACCACUUUUACUUGCCCUUAUGGGACUUUUGCUUUUAGACGAAUGCCAUUUGGUUUAUGUAAUGCGCCUACUACUUUCCAACGAUGCAUGAUGGCCAUAUUUUCUGACAUGAUUGAAAAGUUCAUUGAGGUGUUUAUGGAUGAUUUUUCUGUGUUUGGUGAUUCAUUUGAUUUAUGCUUGGCUAACUUAAAACUUGUUUUGCAGAGAUGUGAAGACACUAACCUUGUGCUAAAUUGGGAAAAAUGCCACUUUAUGGUUAGAGAGGGUGUGGUACUUGGUUUCUACAGGAGGUUCAUCAAAGAUUUUUCUAAGAUCUCUAAACCCUUGUGCAACUUGCUUGAAAAAGAUGUGCCAUUUGUUUUCGAUACUGCAUGCAUGAAUGCCUUUCUAGUUCUUAAAGAAAAAUUAACUUCUGCACCUAUUAUUGCUACUCCUAAUUGGAACUUACCUUUUGAAUUGAUGUGUGAUGCUAGCGAUCAUGCCAUAGGUGCAGUGUUAGGUCAACGGAAAGGUAAGUUGUUUCAUACUAUUUAUUAUGCUAGUAAAACUCUUAAUGAUGCUCAAUUGAAUUAUGGUACUACUGAGAAAGAGUUACUAGUCGUUGUUUUUGCCUUUGAUAAAUUUAGAUCAUACUUGAUUGGUUCUAAAGUUGUUGUUUUUACUGAUCAUUCUGCAAUCAAGUAUCUUCUUUCUAAACAGGAUGCAAAGCCAAGACUUAUUAGGUGGGUAUUGUUGUUGCAGGAAUUCGACUUGGAAAUCAAAGAUAAAAAGGGUGCUGAGAAUCUUGUAGCUGACCACCUAAGUAGAUUGGAGAAACAUGGAAACAAUGAGCCAGCACAUGAUGAGAUUAGAGAGGAGUUUCCCGAUGAAAAAGUACUAGCUAUUCAGACCCCUCAAAUUGCUUGGUAUGCUGAGUUUGUCAACUUUAUUGUAAGUAAAGUCCUUCCCCCUGAUUUGAAUGCUUAUCAAAAGAAGAAAUUCUUGCACGAUUUGUUUGAUGUUUGGGGUAUUGAUUUCAUGGGACCAUUUGUUUCUUCAUUUGGAAAUAAAUACAUCUUAGUUGCUGUGAACUAUGUUUCCAAAUGGGUAGAAGCGGUGGCAUUGCCUAAGAAUGAUGCUAGAGUGGUGACUAGAUUUCUGAAAAAGUACAUUUUUACUAAGUUUGGCACUCCUAGGGCAAUUAUCAGUGAUGGAGGUUCACACUUUUGUAACAAACAGUUUGAUGCUUUGCUUGCCAAAUAUGGGGUUAGCCAUAAAGUUGCCACUGCUUAUCAUCCACAAACUAGUGGACAGGUUGAAAUUUCUAAUAAGGAGAUUAAAAGAAUAUUGGAAAAGACAGUGAUUGGGUCUAGGAAAGAUUGGUCUCAAAAGCUCGAUGAUGCAUUGUGGGCCUAUAGAACUGCAUUUAAAUCUCCUAUUGGAAUGUCCCCUUAUAGACUUGUAUUUGGUAAAGCAUGUCAUUUGCCUGUUGAACUUGAACACCAUAGACUUUUGCAAUUAAAUGAGAUGGAUGAAUUCAGGUUAGAUGCAUAUGAGAAUGCCAAAUUGUACAAAGAGAAAAGUAAGAUGUGGCAUGAUAAAAAGAUAUUGAAUAGGAAAUUUGAACCUGGCCAAUUGGUGUUAUUGUUCAAUUCUAGGUUAAAGCUUUUUCCUGGUAAAUUAAAGUCUAGAUGGUCAGGUCCAUUUGAGGUUAUUAAUGUUUCUCCUUAUGGAGCAAUGGAAAUUCGAGAUUUGGGUACUAAUAUGACUUUCAAGGUUAAUGGACAACGGUUGAAGCAUUAUUUUGGUGAACCUAUUGAUCGUCAAGUGUCCACAAUUACACUUUCCAGUCCCCAGUGA